CCAGGUGUCUAGGCUGAGCCAAUGUCCUGAGUGAAGGGCCCACGGGCUGCUGUGCGACGAGGCACAAGAGAGAGCACUGGAAAUUUGCUGCCAAGAAGAGUAGCAAUGAAUUCCUCAUUUCACCUGUAUUUCUUGGAUCUCAACCUGAAUGCCACAGAGGGCAAUCUUUUGGGACCAAAUGUCAAGAACAAGUCUUCACCAUGUGAAGAUAUGGGCAUUGCUGUGGAGGUGUUUCUGACUUUGGGUCUCAUCAGCCUUUUGGAGAACAUCUUGGUCAUAAGUGCCAUAGUGAAGAACAAGAACUUGCACUCUCCCAUGUAUUUCUUUGUGUGCAGUUUAGCAGUAGCGGACAUGCUGGUGAGCAUGUCCAAUGCCUGGGAGACCAUCACUAUAUACUUAAUAAGUAAUAAGCACCUGGUGAUAGCAGAUGCCUUUGUUCGUCACAUAGACAAUGUAUUUGACUCCAUGAUCUGCAUUUCUGUGGUGGCUUCCAUGUGCAGUUUGUUGGCCAUUGCAGUGGAUAGGUAUGUCACUAUAUUCUAUGCCUUGCACUACCACCACAUCAUGACAGUGAAGCGUUCCGGGGUGAUUAUUGCAUGCAUCUGGACCUUCUGCACAGGAUGUGGCAUUGUUUUCAUCAUUUACUAUGAAUCUACUUAUGUGAUCAUUUGCCUCAUCUCCAUGUUCUUCACGAUGCUGUUUCUCAUGAUGUCUCUGUAUAUACACAUGUUCCUUCUGGUACGAACUCAUGUCAAGCGGAUAGCAGCUCUGCCAGGAUACAAUUCUGUGUGGCAGAGGACCAGUAUGAAAGGUGCCAUCACCCUGACCAUGCUGUUGGGCAUUUUCAUUGUGUGCUGGGCUCCGUUCUUCCUCCAUCUCAUUUUGAUGAUCUCUUGCCCUCAGAAUCUUUACUGUUCCUGCUUUAUGUCUCACUUCAAUAUGUACCUCAUACUCAUCAUGUGCAAUUCUGUGAUUGAUCCUCUGAUAUAUGCCUUCCGCAGCCAAGAGAUGAGGAAGACUUUUAAAGAGAUUAUUUGUUGCCAUGGUUUCAGAAUACCCUGUACAUUCUCUAGCAGGUAUUAAACAAAAGCGCUCUCUGCAGCUUUCUUUUCUCCUUCCUUUACCUGGUGAUGCAGUCAGUUGGGGAUAACCAAGAUAACUCAAAAUCAAAACUGCAUUACACUUAUCUUUUUUCUACCUACACUUACCUUUUUUCUACCUUGAAUUGGUAUUUAAGAUGCAUUCUUUUUUGUGGUAGUUGUUGGUGGUUAGAUGUGCACAUGCAUCUUAUCAAUUUUGGGAAAGGUCUGUGGCAAUUUAUUACUAUCCUGCUUUCCUACUACUUUUCUUUUGCUCUCACCCAUUUAUGGGGUCCCCAUCCAUCUUCCAUCUAGUAAGUAUGUGUUCAGGGAAAGUAAAACAUUCUGGGUGCACAUCUAAGCAGGAUGAAGAGCUGACUGUAAUGGAAAGAAAACUUGUGACUUUCUACAUUAUGUGUGAUUGCUUUCUCUACCCAGAAACUGUUCUAUAACUCCACUUUAUGUUCUUGGGACUUAUGCAUGCUUUUCAGAGCUGAAUAGAGUAGUCAAAUUCUUUCCAUUUGAAUUUCUCUUUUCAUUUGUUAUGGGGAUUUCCUUUUCUAAACUUUUGUUUUUGUGGCUUGCCCAUAAUUGUCCAAGGAUGAAAUUUUGCAAAUUAUACUUCUGUCUAUCAUGGUUUUGCUCUUACCCAAAUAUAAGACUUCAUGCUACAAACCUUACAUCAUAUGGUGUGAAAGUUUCUGUGACUCUUCUUACUAUCUUAUUAGUGUAGGGUUUCCAAAUGAGUAUUUUGGAAACAUGUCAUAGGCUUCAAGUGCUCCCAUGUUCCCAUCCCUGUACUCACCUCUCUCACUUGUAGCACAUGCCCAUAACCAACGCUGUUUUUGACCUUCUAAGACCACGUAGGUCUUUGAGUCUGAAACCCUGCCACUCUGUAUCUCACACAUCACAAUCCGACUCCAGCAGCCAGAGAGGUUCAGGUACACAUCUCUAAUCCAGGGAGUCCCAUCUUCUGCAGUGUAGAAUGGUCCUGACUCUGACAUUAACAGGUGACAUUGCAUUAAUCAUCUCAUUUCAGGUUCAGCAUCUGUGCUGACCUCACAGGAUGGUUAUGAGAACUGAAUGUGAAAAUGUGAGAACACCUUGAAAACUAGUCAAGCACCAAAGGGAUUCGAUAUUUAUUUAAAAGAAAUAUUGCAGAUGGGGUAAACACUUGGGGAUGGUUCAGAGAGUAGUAGUA